AUGUACUUGCCUGGAAUUCAUCUGACCGAAAAUAUAAUUAGAAGCAUUUACCAAAAAGAAAUAAUGAAGAUCAGAUUGGAUAAAACCUAUAUGGGAAUUUGGCAAAUACAUGCCCUUUCAAGUGUGUUAUGCACCCCAAUAUAUUCAGUAUAUCCAAAAUUAGGAAAUCCAAACGUACGCCAGGACCUUAAUCGCCUCAUUUUACCUAGAGAAUAUAAACAUAAACAACCUAUUUACAUUUUUUGGACAAGUACAAGGAGUGCCGAUAUGAACAACGAGCACUGGGUACCAAACCAUUUUGUUCCUAUCUUACCUAUAGACAACAUCAUUAUAGAAGACAAUGGACGUAAAGAAUUCAAAACUGAAAACAUAGAUACAAUCGAAGAUCAAAAUCAACAUGAAAAGGAAAAAGAAGGAAAAAGUGAAAUUAUAAAUGCAAAUGUAGAGGGAAAUAAAAUAGAAGUGAAAUCUUGGUUUAUAGAGGAAAUUAAAGUAGAAUCUGGAAAUUUAACGGAAAAGGGAAGAGAAGUUAAAAAUGAAGAGAAAAGUGAAGAAGAAUCUAAAAAUCAAGAAAACAAUAAAGGAGAAUCUGAAAAUGUAGGCUGUCUACAGAGCCAAACAGAUAAAGGACAGAGAACCAGUCUAUCUGAAAAUGAAGAGAACAAUAAAGAAGAAUCGGAAAAUCUAGAGAACAAUAACAAAGAAUCUGAAAAUAUAGAGAACAGUAUAGAAUCUGAAAAAGUAGAGAAAGGUGAAGAAUCUGCAAUUGCAGAGAAUAAAGCAGAAAAAAUUGAAAAUGUACAGAAAAUUGAGGAAAAAUCAAUAAAUGAAGAUGAAAAGGAAGAAUCUAAAAAGAAAACUGAAGAAAACCCUGAAAAGGAAGAAUCUAAAAAUCAAGAAAACAAUAAAGGAGAAUCUGAAAAUGUAGGCUGUCUACAGAGCCAAACAGAUAAAGGAAAGAGAACCAGUCUAUCUGAAAAUGAAGAGAACAAUAAAGAAGAAUCGGAAAAUCUAGAGAACAAUAACAAAGAAUCUGAAAAUAUAGAGAACAGUAUAGAAUCUGAAAAAGUAGAGAAAGGUGAAGAAACUGCAAUUGCAGAGAAUAAAGCAGAAAAAAUUGAAAAUGUACAGAAAAUUGAGGAAAAACCAAUAAAUGUAGAUGAAAAGGAAGAAUCUAAAAAGAAAACUGAAGAAAACCCUGAAAAGGAAGAAUCUAAAGAGAAAAAUGAAGAAGAAUCUGAAAAUGUAGAGAAAAAAGAAGAAAAAAUUAAAAAUCAAAGGGAAAAGGAAAUCAAAGUUGAAAAUGCAAAGCAAAGUGACGAAGAAUCUGGUAAAGUGGAGAAUACAAAGCAAAGUGACGAAGAAUCUGGUAAAGUGGAGAAUGCAAAGCAAAGUGACGAAGAAUCUGGUAAAGUGGAGAAUGCAAAUGAAGUUGGAGAAACGAUUGGCAAUCCAUCUGAAAUUGAGAGCCUUACGUGUAAUGAGAAUGACACAAAUUGGAAAGAUGUCCCAGAUCCAUCUAAAUGUGUGGGUAAAUAUGUUGUCAUCAAGUAUGACGAGAAACCAUACCCUGGUGUUGUAGAGGAUGCUGGAGAGAGCGAUAUCUAUGUACAAUGUAUGCACCGAGUGGGUAAAAAAGAUAAUAAUUGCUUUUUUUGGCCUAGAACAAUCAAAGACAAGUGUUGGUAUGAGUUUGAUGAUGUGUUAGCAGUUAUCCCGGAACCUACAAAAAUAGAGGGAUCAUAUUCACACUACAAAAUUGAUCAAGACAUAUGGAAUCAAAUUACAGAUGAACUGAAAUGAAACAAGUUGAUUUCCCAUGGGAUUGUGUCUUUUUAAGUCUAAUAUAUCUAAAACAUAUCUUUUUACAGUAUUGUUUAGUGUAGUUUUGAAAAUAAAUAGACUGAAACAACAUUGGAAGACACUUUAAGACAAUCAGAUGUCCGUCCUGUAACAAGUUGAUGUCCGUCCUGUAACAAGUUGAUUUCCCAUGGGAUUGUGUGACUUCAAUAUCCCUUUUUAAGUCUUAUAUAUAUAAAACAUAUCUUUUACAGUAUUGUGUAGUGUAGUUUUGAAAAUAAAUAGACUGAAACAACAUUGGAAGACACUUUAAGACAAUCAGAUGUCCGUCCUGUAACAAGUUGAUGUCCGUCCUGUAACAAGUUGAUUUCCCAUGGGAUUGUGUGACUUCAACAUCCUUUAUUAAGUCUUAUAUAUAUAAAACAUAUCUUUUACAGUAUUGUGUAGUGUAGUUUUGAAAAUAAAUAGACUGAAACAACAUUGGUAGACACUUUAAGACAAUCAGAUGUCCGUCCUGUAACAAAACAGUCCAUCCAAUAACAAUGAUGUCCUUCCUGUAACAAGCUUUCUUUUACAAUCUGGGAGAAAUAAUAUAUGUUGUAAGAUGAAAUUAUUUAUAUCAUAUCCCACAGUUAAUUAUUUUCAAACUACAAAUAACUUAAUUAGCUAUGAAAAUUUCCAUUUUAUACUCGUAACAAUACUUUUUUUGUAACAUAAUAUUAAAAUGUAAAAUUUCAAUGCAUCAAAUGAAAACAAAACAAGCAUAAUCUAAUGUAAAUGAUGUUUUUUUUAGUUUCAGUGUGUGAAAUAUGUAUUUAAGGAUUACACACAAAAAAAUGUUUAGCUCUAAAGUAUAAAACAAAUAUUUUAUGGACCUACACAUAUGUUGUUACAGGAAGGACAUUUUUCGUCAUCCAUACCAUUUCGAUCACAAUAUUUUAUAUGUUUAACAUUUGAUUAAGGUUGCAUAUUUUGUUUGUUAACUUCUUAUAUGUCAUAGUUUUAUAGAACAUAAUAAAAUUUUGGAUUCCU